AUGCCUUCCGUUCUUGCUGAGUCAGAAAGGUUAAUUUCGCAUCUUAUCAAGGUACCUUCUGACCCCGAGUGUGGGCUGCGGGACUUUUCAUGCAAACAUCCUGACACGCUAUUACUGCAUCUGCGACUUCACUUUUUUGGAAAGAAGUACGAUUUGGAACGCCUUUCGAUCAUCAGUCUUUAUAAACUCUUACUCACGCUUCCUCGUCUUCCGCUGGGAAGCGAAGAACAUAUCAAGGUCAUUCCAAAGCUCUUCGAUCUUGCUAGCGCAUCAGGCCCGGAGACCGAAAUAUUCAAAAUGAUGCUUCACUACAUAUGCUCGCGCUUGCAAUUCUUCACUCGUCACCAAGACCUUGUCAUUCUACUGGCCAAGCGACCGGACUUGAACUUUCAGCUUCUCAACUAUCUGGCAUGGAGUACACAAUCGUACGGAGCCCAGGAUUGA